AUGUCCGACUCGGGGCUCACGGCUCCCGGGAGCAGCACGUACUCGUCGAAUACCCUUCAUGUUGGAGAUGGCACUUGGGACACGCAGCGCGACACCUUUUUGCUGCCCAACUUGAUGGGUUUAAAUUUCGAGACGAUGCGAUACAACGGCAUGGGCAAUCGAUUUAAGGAUAUGGCCGGGUACCAUUCCAUGAUAAUUGCGCACGGUGUCAUUGCAACAAUUGUUUUCUUGGGCCUCGUGCCCAUUUCCACCCUAAUCAUUCGAUACUACUCCCGAUGGAACCCAUUCUGGGCAUUUAAACUCCACGCGUGGUGCCAAAUACUUACGCUUCUCUUGUCCACGGUGGUUUUUGUGCUGGGCUGGUUUGCCGUUGGCCCAAAGCGAAGCCUAACCAACCCACACCAUGGAAUCGGUCUCGCAAUCUAUGUGAUGGUGAUUUUCCAGGUUCUCUGGGGCUGGUUUAUGCAUAAAAAGGAAAGCAAACGGGUUCGCCAUCACGUUCCGUUGAAGCUUGUGAUUCAUCGGUGGAUCGGUAGAGCAUUAGCCCUUCUGGGACUUGCUCAAAUCCCGUUGGGUCUGACGCUAUAUGGCUCGCCCAAGGUGCUUUUCAUUCUCUACGCGGUUGGAGUCUUUGCGCUCCUAGUCACCUACUUUAUCCUUUCUUACCUUUACGACGAUGAGGGAUUCCACAUGGCAAGUGAGCAUGGCAGCAGAUACACGGGCCCUUCGGUUGUGGAAGAAAACCAUGGAGGUGGUGGUGGCGGGCUCGGCCCUGCUCUUGCAGGUGGCGCUCUAGGCGCAGGGUUAGCUUCAUUGUUCAAACGACGCGGUCGCAGCCGUCACUCGAGCGAGGCAUACGAAGAGUCUCGGACAUCUUACUCGGACGAAAAAUAUUCCGACGAGUCUUCUCGCCAUCACGGUGGCGGCGGGGGAUGGGGAAAGAAGAUUCUUGAGAUUGGCGCAUUGGCCGGUGCUGGCAUGCUCGCAAAGAAGUGGUGGGAUCGCCGACGACAACGUGAAGAAGAUACCGAGGUUGGCCGCUACAGACCUGCCCACUCUCGCACUGACAGCUACACCGAAGACUCUCUUAGCAGGCUGGAGGACGGCCGACCAGAGCCUGCUCGCCCACCAGUUGCCGGUCGCCCUCCUAGCAGGCCUCAGAGUCCUGGUUCUUCCUACUAUUACAACAGCACAUAUUUGUCUGAGCAACCGGAACGCCGUCCGUCCCAUGGUGUAAGAGAUGCAUUGCUCGGGGCCGGUGCUUUUGCGGCUGUGAAACGGCUGUUCAGUCGCAACAAGGACAAGGACGACGAGGAAAAGCGCCGGUUGGAGGAUAUCCGCCGCCGAGAGGAUGAAGAUGAGGCUCUACAAAGAGCAAACAGCAAGCGACGACGACCCGACGCUGUUUCUGGACCUUAUCCUCAACGUCGAAGGCCAAGCCCGUACACUGAAAGUGACUUGACACCUACUGAUCUGACUCCUCGGCCACGGCCUCCACGACUCGCAUCUGAAAGCUCCAUGCUCACCCCUGAGCCUAUGGCAACGGGGGCUGCUCAUGGUGCCCCUUCAGAUAUCCCUCCCCUUCCUCCCAUUCACCAGGAACUGUCUGGUGACUUCCCUCCUCCCGAGCGGCCACACUCGCACCAUUCCCACCAUGCAGAGGAGAUUGCAGCUGGUGCAGCUGCGGGUGCCGCACUAGGCGCUGCCUCUAGCCAUCGCCGCAACAGCAGUAGUCGUCGCCGAGAUGAUAGUCGGCAUCGAUCCGACCACGUCGCGUCCCCGCCGGUAUCAGUCAAAGUGAAGAUGCACAACGACGGCCGACACGUAACUCUUCGUCGCCUAACUGAAGAAGAAGCCGCUGCUCAACGUGAAGCACGACGUCGUGAGCGCAGAAAUUCGCGCCGUCGCGGCAGUAGUGCAGGCUCCCUCUCUGGUGACGAAGGUCGUGACUUUGACCGUUGGCGUCGUGUCGAAGAGCUUGAGCGCCAACAAGCCGAGCAAAUUCGACGAGAGCAACAAGCUGCCGCCGCGGCAUCCGCUGCGCCAUCGGCAAGCGUGCCUCCCUCCUCAUUCCACCCCUCCCAAUCUCAAAUCAGCCAUAUGCCACCUCCUCCACCUGUCGCGCCCGCGGCACCCUCAAGCAUGCCCUAUGGUCCAGGCAGUGUCACUUCACCGGGAACAUGGACCGGCACCGAAGCUAGUGGGUCGUACGCUAAUAAUCGGCGACGCCGGCGUGCAGAGCGAGCCCGAGCCAAGCAAGAGAGACAGCAGCAUGGCGUUGAGUUUGAGUAA